CACAAAAUCCCAGGCAACGUAAGGCUGGCCAUUGUGCUCGUGCCUGUUACUCAUCGCACUGACUGUAUUUUUGAUACUUAAACCCGGGGCUUUUCACAUGCGGUGGGACAGGGGGGGCAAGACCGGCGCCGUUGAGACAAAGUUGCUGGAGCUGCGACCGAGAUCGGGCCCUUGAGAGCUGAGGCUUUUCCCCCACCCACCCUUCAAAAGUAGACUUUCUGUUGCUCAUCCCAAGCUUUGGACUUUUUUCUUUCUUCUCUAAACAAUUUUCCUGCCGGUUCUUUUCUCCUCUCCUCUCCAUCCUUCUUACUCACAUCUCCAUCCACAAUGGCUUCAAAAGCUUUCUCCAAGACCCUGCGGGCGCCAAUUGCUCGUCAAUUGAUUGCGCCUCGCGUCGCCCAGCGCUCCUACAUCGCUGCUCGAAGCGCUACUCGUGCCGUCGCUGCUGCUCGCCCGGCUCUGGCUGGCCUCUCUCAGCAGCAGGUCCGUGGCCUCAAGACUGUCGACUUUGCCGGUGUCAAGGAGGACGUCUAUGAGCGUGCCGACUGGCCCCAGGAGAAACUUUUGGAGUACUUCAAGAACGACACCCUCGCCCUCAUCGGCUACGGCUCCCAGGGCCACGGCCAGGGUCUCAACCUCCGCGACAACGGACUCAACGUCAUUGUUGGUGUCCGAAAGAACGGCAAGUCAUGGAACGACGCUAUCCAGGAUGGCUGGGUUCCUGGCAAGAACCUCUUCGAGGUCGACGAUGCCAUCACCCGUGGUACCAUCGUCAUGAACCUUCUCAGUGAUGCCGCCCAGUCCGAGACUUGGCCCUCCAUCAAGCCCCAGCUUACUGAGGGCAAGACCCUAUACUUCUCCCACGGUUUCUCCCCCGUCUUCAAGGACCUCACCAAGGUUGAUGUCCCCAAGAACAUUGACGUCAUCCUUUGCGCUCCCAAGGGCUCUGGCCGAACUGUCCGCUCUCUCUUCCGUGAGGGCCGUGGUAUCAACUCCUCUUUCGCCGUCUUCCAGGAUGUGAGCGGCAAGGCUGAGGAGAAGGCCGUCGCUCUGGGUGUUGCCAUUGGCUCCGGCUACCUGUACAAGACCACCUUUGAGAAGGAGGUCUACUCUGACCUGUACGGUGAGCGUGGUUGCUUGAUGGGUGGUAUCCACGGCAUGUUCCUCGCUCAGUACGAGGUUCUCCGUGAGCGUGGCCACAGCCCCAGCGAGGCCUUCAACGAGACCGUCGAGGAGGCCACUCAGAGCUUGUACCCUCUGAUUGGUGCCAACGGCAUGGACUGGAUGUUCGAGGCCUGCUCUACCACUGCCCGCCGUGGUGCCAUUGACUGGACCCCCAAGUUCAAGGAUGCCCUGAAGCCCGUCUUCAACAGCCUGUACGACAGCGUCAAGGAUGGUUCCGAGACCAAGCGAUCCCUCGAGUACAACAGCCAGCCCGACUACCGCCAGAAGUACGAGGCCGAGUUGGAGGAGAUCCGAAACCUGGAGAUCUGGAGAGCCGGCAAGGCCGUCCGCUCCCUGCGACCCGAGAACCAGAAAUAAGUCAGCGCAACUGGGCGCAUUAUGGGUUGAUGGGUGUUGAGGGGAAUCUUUCAAAAAAUGUGGUUUUUUCUUUUCUUGUACUUGCAUCUGGAUUCUCGGCAAAAGAUCUUGGAGAUCUGGGGUUUGACGAGGGCAUGCUGUUGUGUUAGUUUAAAAAGUUAGGGCCUUUUACGA